AUAUAUGUCUUUCUCACUCUGAUGCUGCCUUGACAGUUGGUCUUUUCUUCGAAUUCAAAUUGAAGUAUCUCGUUUAUCGAGGCGGCUUUGAAUCAGCUAUUUGAUCUCAAUUUUUCCUGCAAAAAUUGCUGUAUUUGGCAAUAAAUUCUCUUCUAUUCUAUCCACUGUGCUAGGUUACAUUAGAAAUUAGUAGCAGUUUGUUGUUUUAGGAAUAUUUUUAUUGUGUUCCGUGGGAAAAAGUGUUUUUGAGGUUAAACUCCUUGGAGCUUUUUGGUUUUUUCCGAGAAUAAGACACCUUUUUUUGUUGAAUUUCAUCAUCCUGGAGGGUGCAAAGAUGCCUGAGAACGAUAGAAUAAAUGCCUAUAAGAACCAUGCGAAGCAUGAGACAAUGAAGCUUCGGCGUCAGGAGGUAACUGUUGAGCUCCGGAAGAAUAAGAAGGAUGAUCAGCUGAUGAAGCGAAGGAAUAUCGAGCUGGAUGAAUCACUGUCGCCGCAGAAAGAUGUUCCGGGAACUCAAGCUGAUGAGAGUAUCAGCCUUGAUCAGAUUGUCGCAGGACUUACAAAUCCUGACGUCAAGGCUCGCUUUGAUUCUGUCCAGGCGGCCAGGAAGAUGCUGUCGCGUGAGAGAAAUCCACCCAUUGACAUACUUAUUGCCCAUGGAAUUGUGCCCAAAUGCGUUCAGCUGCUGAGUGACUUCGAGCAUCCGGAAAUUCAAUUCGAAGCUGCCUGGACACUCACAAAUAUCGCGUCAGGAACCACUGAGCAGACCAAAGCGGUCAUUGAGGCUGAUUCCAUUCCACGUUUCGUGGCCCUGAUGGGCUCCACUUCGGCCAAUGUGGCUGAGCAGGCAGUUUGGGCACUCGGGAAUAUUGCUGGAGAUGGAGCUGAGGCUAGGGACACGGUCCUCAAUCACCACGUGGUGGCAGCUCUGAUGCAUCUCCUGACCACUGAACUCAGCCUAUCUUGCCUCAGGAAUGUUGUAUGGCUCAUUUCCAAUCUCUGCCGCAACAAGCCUCCGGCUGUGGCCUUUGACCACGUGCGCAAUCUCCUGCCGACCGUGGCUAGGCUUCUUCAUCACGAAGAUUCACAGGUCCUUAGUGAUACCUGCUGGGCACUGUCGUAUAUCACUGACGACGAUAAUGCCAAGAUUCAGGCUGUUGUGGAUGCCGGCUGCGUGCCACGUCUCUGUGAGCUUCUGGACGCCAAGGAACCAGCCAUUAUCACACCAGCGCUGCGCAGUAUUGGCAACAUUGUUACAGGAACUGAUUCCCAGACAGACGCUGUCAUCUCAGCUGGAGCCGUUGCUCGUCUGUCUAAGCUACUGCGCUAUCCCAAGGCCAGUAUUGUCAAGGAGGCUGCAUGGACAGUGAGUAACAUUACAGCAGGAAAUCCUCGGCAGAUUCAGCAUAUCAUUGAUGCUGGAAUCAUUGGAGAUAUGAUUGAAGUCCUGGCCAGGGGAGAUUUCAAGUCGCAGAAGGAAGCAGCUUGGGCAAUUACGAAUCUCACCACAGGUGCCUCGAAUCAGCAAACUCUUCACGUUCUGCGUAACUAUAACUUCCUCAAGCCCUUCUGCGAUCUUAUGGAGUCCAAGGACUCCAAGACGGUGAAGGUGGUGCUCCAGGGUGUCCUCAAUUUGCUCAUGGUGGCUGACAAAGUUGACGGACGUGAGGCUAUGUGUAUUCAAAUUGAAGAAGUUGGUGGACUGGACAAACUUGAGGCUCUGCAAAAUCAUGAAAAUACCGAAAUCUACCAGAAAGCCCUUUCCAUCUUGGAUUCAUACUUCGCUGAUACGGAAGGUGAGGCUGCUGACCUGAAACCCGCUGAACAAAAUGGAGCAUUCAAGUUUGAUGCUGAGACACCAAAUACUCAGCCUGGUGGAUUCAACUUUUAGAUAUUUAGGCAGAUUGACGCUGAACUUGCCGACAUGAACUUAUUGAACUUUUUUUAAAGCAUCUAUCCCAGUUACUUUUGAACUCUUCCUCCGCCGUUUUUUUUUCUGCUGAAAUCUCCAAUUAAUUCCAUAAAUUAGCAUGUAAGAUUCCCUCUGUUUUUUUGAAUUCCUUAUUUUUUUUGGUGAAUAAAAGAAAAAUUUCAUGAAGAAAA